GAAAUGCCGUGUAUAUAUUUGGUAGAAUGUGCACCAUCAUCGCCGUCAUAGUCCUAGUUUGCUGGGACAGAGUUCGUGAUUAUUUUGCAUAGAGUUCUGGCAGGUCUGCUUAUUGCUUCCGUACAAUUCUGUCAAGAGUGGAGGAAAAAUAAGACGAACUCAGUUCAUGAGAUCGAGACGAAGUACGAUGAUUAUCGGUUCUUGGCGUGUAUUCGCAAGACAAAUGAUUCACCAGUGAUGCAUCUUGCUCGACCGACCAUCUUUCAUGACUGUGUUGAUUUUGGAAGUGCUGACAGCCUGACCGCCUGGUCCCCGGCGAAGGUAGAAUGAAGAUGGCUGCGGAAAGCGAUGUGCUGUCUGAGAUUGAAGUCCUCCAGUCCAUCUAUCUUGAAGAACUGAGGGUCUGUCGUAAAAGCGACAGGGACUGGGACGUUAGCGUGGAUCUGUACCCCUCCACGGCCGAGGACUCCCUCUCCCAGUUUGUUCGGCUCACGCUCACCCUAACCCUCGACUCGCAGUACCCUUCAUCUCCUCCCACCAUCUCUAUUCACAAUCCCCGCGGCCUCUCCGAUGACAAUCUGCUCAGUGUCCAGCGCUGUCUGGAGGCUGAAGCUCAGGCCUGGCUGGGGACCCCUGUUCUGUACCAGCUCAUCCAGAAAGCCAAAGAAAUCCUGACGGAGAGCAAUAUUCCUCACGGGAACUGCGUCAUUUGCCUGUACGGCUUCAAGGAAGGAGAGGUGUUCACCAAAACCAGCUGCUAUCACUACUUCCACUCGCACUGCCUGGGCCGGUACGCCUCCCACUCACAGCACGACCUGAGAGAGAGGGAGAGAGAGCGGGAAGAGGACAAGACCCGGGGCAAAAUGGAGGGACAGGAACUGUCAGUGGUGUGUCCAGUUUGUCGAGAGCCGCUGACCUAUGACCUGGAAGUUCUUCUAAACUCUCCCGCGCCUCACUUUCCCAAGACGGAGGGAACAGUCCUAGGGGCGGAGUUUCAGAGGAAGUGGGCCGAACUUCAAAGUAUUCUGGAGCGGCAAAGGGAAAAGGGCGGGAUUAUAGACCCCGAGGCGGAGUCUAACCGUUUCCUCAUACAUAUUAAUCAGGCACCUACUGAAGCCAGCAGCAUUGGUCCUGACCCAGAUUCUCCUCUCAGCCUAUCGCUUCCCUCCACUGUCCCUCCCUCCACCAAUCAGGUCACAGCUUCUCAGGGUCCACAGCUGUCUGGCCAAUCAGAGUGCAGGACUGGAUCUGGCAGCAGGAGACGAGGCCAAUUGAAGUGGAGCAGGAGGCGCGAGACCCCGCAGGAGCGCAGGGGGAGUCCCAGCAGCCUUGGCGAAAAGGACAUGGCUAAACUCUCCCUCUCUUCAGGGCGUGGGACUGAGCUCCGGGGGGGCGGGACCGAGCUCAAGGGGGGCGGGCCUGAGCUCCAGGGGGGCGGGCCUGAGCUCCAGGGGGGCGGGCCUGAGCUCCAGGGGGGCGGGCCUGAGCUCCAGGGGAGCGGGACUGAGCUCCAGGGGGGCGGGUCUGAACUCAAGGGGGGUGCGGCGGUCGAUGAUGACGGCAUACUUGACGUUGGCGUGAACCACACUCGGCGAGACCUCGUCGUGCAGUCAAGCCGGUCGGAGAAAACCGAGGGAGAGGAGCACGUGAGAAUCAGCCAACCGGAAGCUGUAGCUUGUGACGGACAGGAGCAGACGAUAAACCAGUCGUGCCCGGACAUUUUAAAAUCCAGCAACCAGUCUGACUCUGCUGGACCUGGGAGAGGGCGGGGCCAGAGGUACGGCCAAUGGGGGAGAGGCAGGAGGAGGAGCUCAGGUCAACAGCCUAGACAUUUUGAGGAGAGGAACAUCCACGGGGUGGACCGCUCGGACACUCCGAGGGACAGCGCACAUCACAGAGGAGGCCGAGGGUUCGGCUACUGGGGAAGGAGAGGAGGCGAUCACAAUGCUCACUUUAGAGGAGGCGGGGCUUACAGGAAGACUGGGAGGGGCUUCACCCGGCGAGAGGCAGAGAAGGAAGUAGCCAGAGACGGAGGGCCUUGAAGUGUCAUUACAGGAAAUGAAUGAUGUGCCUCCGUUAAAAUCCACCGAAAUAAACCUCUACGCUCACUCUGAA